AUGUCCAACAACUCCAUACGGCCUGCCUUCAGGGCGGGUCGGGCUGCCCUCGGGGCCUCGAUACGAGCUGCACCGCCGUCGCAGCAGUCCAGAUGCUUCUCGGCCUCGACACCACGGCCAGCCGGCAAUGUCAUCACCUUCUCCAAGACGUCCAACGCCGAGCUCGACAACCUUCUGCACGAGAUGCAGCAGAAGAUCAUCCUCCCCAGUGUGCUGCCCCUCCACCAGAGGAAAAAGAUCUUCCGCGAGCGCUACAAGGAGAAGCUGGAGCUGGAGCCCAUCGAGAUCGAGAUCGACGGGAAGCGCAUCAAGUUCCGGUACCUCGACUUCAGGAAAGGCGAGGUGCCCACCACGCGCAAGAUCUUCUUCCAGGCCCUCGAGAACAUGAAGACCAAGGAAGACUGGCAGAAGCUGCCCAAGCUGCUCGAGGCGCUGCACCACAACGCGCGCCGCAAGUUCGAGGUCUCGGACUGGCCCAAGAUCGUGAGGAAGGCCGGCGCCAGCGGAAACCUGGGCCCCGUGAUCGAGGCCGUCAAGAGGCCCGAGAGGACGGGCUUCAAGCUGGACAUGUCGGAGAAGGUCCAGGAGAUCAUGAGCUGGAUCGUGUGGGAGGCCGCCGAGGCCGGGUGGACCGUCUCGUCGCUGAACACGGCGCUCAAGUCGGCCGAGAGGGUACUGGAGGCCCUGAACGGGGAGGGCCACGAGCUGCACACCAAGGACAAGGAGCGCGCGGAGCUGAUCGGCGGCCGGUUCCCCCUGAGGAGGGACCCGCAGGUCUUGGCCACGCCGCUGUUCCUCGCAGCCAUGCUCGCGGUCAAGCACGGCAAGACCGAGUACGCCGACAAGAUGCGCAGGUACGCGCAGGUCAUCGUGGAACAGUGGCCGGAGGGCAAGGGCCUGCUGGAUCUGCACCCUCACGAGGCAUAUGUGGACGUGGAGGGCAUGCAUUACAUGAUGGAGAAGAACAAGUUUACGAUCGUGGCGUCACCAAUCCUCAAGGGCUUCGACCUGGCGAUCGAGGGACUGAGCAGCGACCUUGCGAGCCAGAUCAAGCUGCGCAGGGACCCACUAGCCGUGGAGGUGGAGGAUGCUCUUGGGGCGGAAAAGUCGCAGAACGGGCGAGGGAAGUACUUGUAUGAGAAGUGCUUCCUCGAGCCCAGCAAGGCGCAGAAGAAGACCGGGGCCAAGGCACAGGCUAAGGAAGAGGCAGAAGGCGCAACAGCGGCCUGA